AUGGUUCGUGCUGGAGGUAUUGCUGCUGCUCCAAUCUUGGCCGGAGCAUGUAUUCUAUUUAUUAUGUUCGUCAUUGCUUCGACAAUAGUCCUUGCAUUAAUACCAACAUAUCUGACGACGAAAAGCAUCGCAAAAAGUAGUAUCGCGUAUUAUUGUACUGCUACUUAUGAUGGUAGUUUGGGUAGUGAUGGUGAUCUCGAUGCUACUGCACGCGCAGCAUUCGCACGUUCGAUGGAACAUACAGUUCAUCACCCAACCGAUUCAAUUUCAUCUGAUCUAAUUAGAGCUGCAACAACAUCAACACGAAGACGUAAAAGAGGAUUUGCUCUUUCUCGUCUCAAUCGUGGUUCAGUAGCAGGAGGUAUCCAACGUCUAUAUAUUCGUUUAAACUCAGUUGGUCUCAUAUCUGUAUUGAAAGGAACAUUUACCACCAGCUUUUUGUUCAAUAAUGUACAACAAACACCUACCUUAACCUAUACAUGUAGUCGAACACCUAUUACAUUUCCACCAAUUAUUAGUAGUAGUACUUCUGCUACCACUGCAUCGCCUACUUCAGCAAUGACUGGCUAA